CAGUUUCAGACAUCUGCAGGCUGUUUAGCAUCAGAGAGGCGGAGUCAGCUCUGCUAUUGGCCAACGAGAGAACAGACCCGGACUCUGGGGACUGACACCACACCCAUCUGUGUGUGUGUGUGUGUGUGUGUGUGCGUGUGUGUGUGCGUGUGUGUGUGUGUGUGUGUGUGUACACUCUUCUUCUUCUUGUUAAUGUUCUUGGUGAAUAAGGAGUUUCCUGCAGAUUCUCCGAAGUGGUUGACGUAGUUAUGAACCCUUCGCCUGGAGCUUGGUCUCUAUCUGGACCUCACCUGACGUCCUCCCCGGCAGGAGAAACACAAACUCCUCACCCCCCGACUGUGACAAAUGACUUUGCAAACAUCAGCUCAGGUGAUGGAGAUUUGGCAGCCUUGAUUGGAGGGAUCGUUGGUUGUCUGCUGCUGGUGCUGACCUGUGUCAUCGUGGUGCUUCUGUGGUGUCUGUCCAGACAUAAAGGCUCGUACAUCACCAACGAGAUGGACGAAGACAACGAGAUGGUCCGGGACGGAGAAGACGACGAUGAAGAUGACGAGUCCCUGCAGCUGAAGCAGCCUCUGAAGAGCAAAGAGGAUGAACGAUGAGGAGGAGGAUGAGGAUGAAAGAGGUUACAUUUGCAACCAGGGACACAGAAACAACAACAACAAAAAAGAUUUUUAAUCAAACUUGUUUUAGGGAUUGUUAUUUUCCAAAAGUGACCCAUUUUCUACAAGCUGCACUGCACACAUUUGCACUUUGGCACCACUAGAUGGCAGCAUCAUGAAACUGCUCAGCCAAUCUCCACUGUCAAACACUGCCAGAUGAAACUAACUGGAUAAGAGUGUUUGAUUUGUGUAUAACGCUUUUAAACAUCGUAAAUUAUCCAUUAUUUAAUUAUUAUUACGGAGGAGUAUUAGGGCCAAAUGUAAAAAAAAGUCAUAAUUCUGAGAUUAAAGAAAAAGUUAUAAUUCUGACUUUAAAGAAAUUCAUAAUUCUGAGAUUAAAGAAAGUCAUAAUUCUGAGAUUAAAGAAAAAGUCAUAAUUCUGAGAUUAAAGAAAAAGUCAUAAUUCUGAGAUUAAAGACAGUCAUUGUUCUGAGAUUAAAGAAAAAGUCAUAAUUCUGAGAUGAAAGAAAAAGUCAUAUUUCUGAGAUUAAUGAAUGUCAUAAUUCUGAGAUUUAAAAAAAAUCAGAAUUAUGAGAUUAAAGAAAAUCAGAAUUAUGAGAUUAAAGAAAAUCAGAAUUAUGAGAUUAAAGAAAAAGUCACAAAUCUGAGAUUGAAGAAAAGGUCAGAAUUCUGAGAUUAAAGUUUUUUCUCAGACUUGUAUCUCAUAAUUUGUGGCCCUAAUACUUUUUUUGUAAAUUCUAAAUCCAUUUUAUUUGAUAUGAUUAAAUACACCUUUUAAUCUUUACAGCAUUUUGUUUUUGUGUGAGCAAACACAGGCAGCAUUCUGUAGGUUUUCAUUUUCUUUCACAAACAGUAGAACUAAAUUUAGUAUCGCACACAACAUGUUGUCAUGUUCUGAAAGCACAGGUUGAUUUUCCUUUCAAAAAAAAAGAAAAAAGUCUACUUUUGCAGAAUAACAACCUUAAAAUGUAACUUGUCACUCCUGAAAACAGAUGCUGCUUGUUUUCUAAAAACGUUUUUGCAGCCUCUGCCACUCCUUCACCAGACAAAUUGGAUUUUUACAGGAAUGUAACCUCCCAAAAUAAGCCUCCAACCAGACGCUGAUAAACAUUUACUGGUAUCUUAAUGUUCCUCUUCUUCUUUUAUUCCCAGGCUUGUUUUCAAGCUCUUAACAAUGAGCAGCUGACGGCCGACCCUGGACUCUGACUAACACUGUUGUGACUCAGCAACCAAAAAUCAUCUGUGUGUAAAUAUUUUUGAGGAAAUUUCCAACCUGAAUUCACCUCUUUCUGCAUUUUUUAAUAACAAAUGAGUACGAUUUUGUUUUGUUUUGUUUGAUUACAUCUCUUCUUGACCACCUACACCUUUAUAAGUAAUAGUAAAGUAAUAAUAAUAAACAUUUUUGAUACUUUA